AGCUGAUUCAUUAGUGUGUGUCUGGUUGAUGUGAAUGUACUUUAGUCCGAUACCGUCCCAGUUUACCUGAUACUGAUCUUAUCUCUCCAUUAUUACUGACACUCUCUUACUGUAGGGGCCACAGCUGAUGAUAUGGACUGGCCCCUCUUUAUUAAAGUAUUGACAAUAUUCCUGGCUACAACUUGUGGAGUCCGUUCACAGACCCUCUCCUCUCCUGAUGGUCUGAUCCUCUCUGAUGUAGUCACAGCUGCUGCUGGUCUGUCCGACCUCUUGAUUGAAGUAAACUGCUCCUCCUCUGGUGAGUCUCCAUUAUGGCUGACAGCUGAUGGAGACCCUGUCUCCUCUCCUUUAAGCACAUUUGGAAUAACACAAGACAAUGAAGGACUAUUGAGAGUCUACCCUGGAACUGAAGUACUGAAGGAUGAUACUAAUACUUAUAACUGCUCUCUUAAUAAUGGGUACAGUAGUAUCAUCAGGUUUAAUACAGUUGAGAGUAUGUUCUAUACUAACGUGACAUUAAGGAAUGGCUCAUUGUACUGUCCAUUACCUGAUUAUCCACUCAGCAGUUCAUUAAUUAAUGAGUCUUUAUCAAUUGAUGACAUUAAUUACCUUUAUUGCAAUGCUACAACUGAGAGGGGAUCCUUCAUUAGUCAAUUUAUUUCCAUCAAUGAAGUUGUUCCAACAUAUAUAAUACAGCCAGUUGAUGUACAUGUACCUGUCAAUGGCACAGCUGCUUUUUCAUGUUCAAUAUCGCCAGACUCUGCCCUAAUUAACAUUACCUGGUACUCCAGUGAAGGAAUGGUGGCUUCUGAAGAUGUCAUUAAUGAUUUCAAUGACCCAGGCCUGAGUGUACUCGUUAUAAAUAAUGUGACGGAAUCUGAAGGAGGCGUGGCCUAUUAUUGUGUAGCUUAUUUUAAAGACAGGGCUGAGCCUGUACGGAGCAAUAAUGCCUCAUUAUUAAUUAACGAUUUAGUUAUUUCUACAUUUAUUCUGACGCCUCCAGUAAAUCUCAGUAUACUAGAGUUUACUAAUGUUUCCAUUCCCUGUAUACCAAACGAAAUGUUCACUGUGACAUGGUCAAGUACAGGAGCACCUGCUACUAACAUUACAGACGAGUCUAUUAAUAUUAUUAAUAUUAAUAGAAACAACAGCGGUAUUUAUUACUGUACAGCCUCUAAUGGAGACACAGCAGCUGUUAGUGUUAAUGUAUUAUUUGCUCCUGAGUUUAUUAGUCAAAUUGAAAGUGAAACUAUUCUACCAGUUGGUGAUAGUGUUGUAUUGUCAUGUACUGUCACUGGUAGCCCCGCCCCUAUGAUAAGAUGGUAUAGAGAUGGAUCAAUUAUGAAUGAUGGCAUAGCCACUGCAACUGAAGGAUUGAUCAUCCAAUCAAAUCUAACAUUAGCUAACCUACAACAGAACCAGACUGGAGUAUAUCAGUGUGUAUUUGUAUCUCCUGGUGUUGGGGGUGUGGCUUACUUUAAUAGUAUCGUAUCAUCAACCUACUUACUAGUUCAAUUUAUUGGGGUUCCAACAAUCAGUCCAAUAUUACAGGACCCAGUUAAUCCAUUGUUGCCUCAAGUAUUAACUUUUAAUUGCACUGUUGACGGACGUCCUCUUGUUAAUAUCACGUGGGAUGUUGGCUCCACCCCUUUCUUAUCCAUUAGUCAACCUCCAGUGGAUUUUAUUGGACCUGCUCUCUCUACUAUUCAAAUAAAUUCAUCACUUCUUGCUGGUACUGUACCUAUCAGUUGCUAUGGUAACGACACUGUUAAUGCGACCGCUAUUAUCAAUGCUUUCAGUCCAGUGUCUAUAGUCCAGGAUCCUCUGUCCCCUCCCAUUAUUGUACUGAGAGGAGAUACUGUCUCAUUCUCAUGUCUAGCAUCUUCCAUUCCAGUACCAAACAUAACCUGGUUCAGGAAUGACUCCAGUGGUCCAGUUUCAUUAUUUGAUGAUACAGAAAGUGUUGUUUCUAUUAUUAGCACAUCAACUGAUGGUCUUACUACCAAUAGCACAUUGACUAUAACACUGGAGUCCGAUGGAGAGUACUUCUGUUUUGCCAGUAAUGACUUCUUUAAUGAUACUAGUGAACCUGCUACUGUAUUAAGAGGAUUUAUUCCUGUCAUUAUUACUAACCCUAGUGCUCCUCCAGUGGUUAUUAAUAGUUCUAUUAUUAUAAAUUGUACAUCUGAGGGAUUCCCUCUUCCAGCCAUCAGCUGGUUGAUUAAUGAGACUAAUUUAACUGGUGUCGAUGAAUUCACAGUAAAUACUGAAAUGAUGUCAGCAAAUAGAAGUGUCUCAACAUUGUCUGGUAACAUAAACAAUAAUAACACAAGACUGGUCUGUGUAGCGUCAAAUAUAUUUAAUGAUUCCGUGAGAAGUGAAGAAAUAGUUCAACUUAUAUCAGGCCCUCCAUUGUCUCCUUCCAAUAGCACAAUAGACCCAAUGGCGAGGAGUGUCUCUAUACAAUGGACUCCUCCUUUCUCUUUAUUACCAAUCAGUUCUUAUAGCCUCUCAUUAUCAACUGGUACCACUUUCAACAUCAUUAAUAAUGAAAGCCUCAUUAUUAUUAUCAACGGGACUCACAUCAGCCCCUUCACUAAUUAUUCAUUUUCAUUGACUGCCACCAACCCAGCCGGAACCAGUCCACCUGCUACAUUCUCAUUUGAAUCAUUACAAGAUGUCCCAGUUGGGUCUCCUACUAUUGUCAGUGUAUUCUCGACUAGUAACGACUCACUGAGUGUCAGCUGGAGUGAAAUACCACCUGAAGAAACGAACGGUCCAAUUAUUAAUUAUACCAUUCAGUUUAAAAUUAACAAUAAUGAUAAUCAGGACAUGUUUCAAACUGUUAACACAACUCAACUGCAAUUUACAUUAACUGGUUUAUCUGGCGGUACAGAAUACAUCAUACAGGUGGCAGGUAAUACUGUUAUUGGGCAUGGCCCAUUCAGUAAUAAUGUUACCCAGUCUACUGUUAAUAAUCCCCCACCCAUUGCUAACGAGACUAUAAUGACUGUAUCUCAAUCCAUUACUGCUAAUACUGUCCCGAUCCUAAUACCAGAGAAUAUCAAUAGGGGUGGAGCUGUAUUCCUUAUAUGGGUGGUAGUUGUUAAACUCAAUGGCUCGUUAACUAAUCAAUUAUUCUCUUCCAGUGGUCCCACUGUCAGUCCAGACGUGUUUUAUAGAAAUAAUGACUCGUUUAUAUCAUCAGUGGAUACUCCAGUGAUACCAGCUGGUAGACCUUACAUUGCUGCUGAGCUAUUGCUCAGUUCACUGACAUUACCUCAUCAGUUCAUUAUUGGGGACAAUGACAAUACUGGCAAUCUACAGCCUGGCCGAUACUCCAACCCUCCACUGGCAGCUGCUACCAGUUACACUUACUUCAUUAGAGCAUUCCCCCCAGCUCCUCCCUCUAACAGCAAUGUUAGGAGUAAGAGAGAGACGGGGGCUCCUCAGUUUAGUGUGUUCUCCUCCACUCGGUUCAGUGAUCCUGUGGAUACUCUGAGAGAAGCUGAACCAACUCCCGUUGACAGUUUAUCCAGUGGUGCUAUUGCAGGGAUUGUAGUAUCAUUGUUAAUUCUUGUUACUCUUCUCGUGUUUGUUGCUCUCAUUGCGGCUUUUGUGUUUGUGAGACCUAAAGCAACCAGUAACAUACCCCCAGCCGCCAGGAGAGGGUCAAUGAGACUCACUGAGAGCCAAAAGUUAUUGUCUGUGACAGGCAGUUCACAGAUCGAAGCUCACCAUCAGGUUUCUUUGGUGAAUGAUCUGAAGAAGGUACCUGCAGCUGAUAUUCCUGAGCUGACACCAUCAGAUCAGCGUCAAUCAAUAUCAGUGUCAAUGUUUCCUGAUUACGUUAAAAGGUUGCAUGCCAACACUGACCAUCUCUUCUCUGAGGAGUAUGAGCUGAUCACAAUCAAAUCACCAUCACUGCCUCAUGAGGCAUCUCAACAAACUUGCAACAUUGAGAAGAACAGAUAUGGGAAUAUUAAUAGCUUUGAUGAAACUAGAGUUGUAUUGACAAAAAUACCAGGAAUAGAAGGAUCCGAUUAUAUUAACGCUAAUUAUAUUGAUGGUUAUGGUUCACGUGAUACCUACAUUGCCUGUCAAGGUCCAUUAGCAGAGACCAGUCCUGAUUUUUGGCGAAUGAUUUGGGAACAAAAGACCAGCUGUAUAGUAAUGCUAACGAAUUGUGUGGAGAAAGGACGACCAAAGUGUCACCAGUAUUGGCCCCAGACUGGCAGCACUACCUUUGGAGAGUUGACUGUUACCAUCAUUGACCAGCAGGUAUUAGCCUACUACACCAUAAGGACCUUCAAAAUAAACAACAAGGAUGAUGAAUCUUUUGAAGUGAAACAGUUCCACUACACUGCCUGGCCUGACUUUGGUGUCCCUGACCAUCCCAAUCCAAUAAUAUCCUUCAUAAGGCGAGUCAACAACUCCACCCACACUGGACCCCUUGUAGUCCACUGCAGUGCUGGAGUGGGUAGAUCAGGAACGUUCAUAGCUAUACAGUCCAUGAUGCUAAUGAUGGAAACUGAAGGGAAAGUUGACGUAUUUAACUUUGUACUGGACAUGAGACAUAAGAGAAACUAUAUGGUCCAAACUGAAGCCCAGUAUAUGUUUGUUCAUGAUUCGUUGGUUGAAUUAAUUAAAGUUGGUAACUCUGAACAAACUGUACAGAACUUUCCUAAAGAAGCUAAGAUACUGUUAACAACACAAGAAGAUAAUAAUAUUGAGGAUGCGGUUUCCGUGGUAACUGCUUUAUCUCCAUUACCUAAACAAUUUGAAAAACUGAAUUCAAUUGACGUUGCUAUACCGAGUCAGUACAUAUCAGCCUCACUCCCAGUGAACAGAGCUAAGAACAGAUACCCUGACAUACUGCCAUAUGAGUCGUAUAGGGUGAGACUCCUGAUGCUUCCUGGAGUCAGUGGGUCGGAUUACAUCAAUGCCAGCUAUGUUGAUGGGUAUUUAAGGUGUAAUCAGUUCAUAAUGACUCAGGGCCCAUUGAGUAAUACUGUUGAUGACUUCUGGAGGAUGAUAUGGGAGCACAGAGUGUCAGCAAUAGUGAUGCUUUGUGGACUAGUGGAGGAUGGAAAGGAUCAAUCUGUCCAGUAUUGGCCCAAGGACCAGUUGACUCAGUAUGGUGACAUGUUCAUUGAGACAAUCAGUGAGACUGAUACUGGCUUCUAUGUGAUUAGGGAAAUUACCAUCACACACACCAAGCAAGGUAAUGAAGUCCGGAACAUUAAGCAGUUCCAUUAUACUGACUGGUCUGAGAAUAAGACUCCGCCCACCACCGGAGCACUGAUGGAUAUGAUAGUGUUAGUACAGAAAGCACAUCACCUGUUUGGAGGAGGACCUGUGGUUGUUCAUGACAGUUCCAGUGUUGGUAGAUCUGGUACAUUCUGUAUCAUUAACAUUGUUAUUGAGAGACUCAAAGUUGAAGGGAUGAUUGAUAUAUUCUUUACUAUCCAUGCCCUCAGGCGGAAGCACCCCGGGAUUGUGGCUAACUAUGAUCAGUUCAAGUUCUGCUAUCAAACUAUUGUGGAAUAUUUGGAGUCCUUCGACAAAUAUGCUAAUUUUGACUAACUAUCUAUUAUUAUUUAUUAA